AUGUUAUGGACCCUGUUCAUGAAAAUCCUCCUCAUCAGCUCCCUCGUCGCCUGGUGGCUUAAGCGACCAAACAGCCGCUUCCAAAAAUUCGUCCUCUUCGCCGCCACCCUCGCAACCUUUUGGGUUGUCGCUCCGCUCUACGCCUCCCUCUGCCUCGCCUGGUCUGUUCACUACACCCGAGAGGGUAUUCGCUAUUGGAGCCUGGAUGAGUUGCUCGUGCGUCACGCCAGUAUGCUGGUGACGCUCGCCGCAGUCAUUUGGCUGCUUCAUCGCGCUUGGCAAACCCUUUGGAAGCCGACGACCGACCUAAUCAGCAUCCUCGGAGUGGACGUUCCCGAGGCCCCAGACGUAUCCCUGGCCGGCAUCCGGCCCGACGCCGCGACCCUCAACUGGACACGUCCCACGCACAACCGACCUGUGCAGAAGUUCCUGAUCCAAGUGAAUGGCGUAAAUGUGGGCGAGUCGAGGCAGGAAGAAACGGCAAUUACUGUUACAGGUCUGAGGCCCAACCACUGCUACAACAUACGCGUCAUCGCUGUCGGACCGAACAAUUUCCAAGCCGGUAGCCAGGUCAUACGGUUGCGUACCUACCGAUCCGACGGACGCCCAGAACUAGGCAACUCGAGGCUCCCCGACAGUUUUCAAGAUCAAGACCCCAAGUCAGGACAGUUCCCGUGUCUUGAGGACAAUGGCAGUCGCAGUCAAGUUCCCACCAUCGAGGCGGCCCCAUCUCUCGAGGGCGGGUCUGCUGCUGUGAGGGACGGGCCUUCAGGCCAGAGACGCAACACCGUUAAUCGCAGACACUCCCCUUCCAUAGCGAGCCAAGAACAGCCGUCAAUCAAGGAUCUUGGGGGCGACCAGCCCGAGGCUUCACUCAAAGACCUUGCCGAUGCAUUGGAGAGGACGAGGAAGGAGAUUGACGAGACAGCAUCCCUACACGCCUCCGAAGAAAGCGAAUUCAAACAGCUCGAAGAGCGGCUCAAGAAAGAAAAGGAGGAGAAGAAAAAGAUGCAAAAGGAAAAGGACGACAACACAGCGCAACUUCGGCAGAAGGUCAAGGCUACCUAUGAGCAGAUGCGCCAAGCCACGAAGGACAAGGCGAGGAAAGAGAACCUACUCAAGGAAAAGCAAGAGAAGCGCAAGAAGAUCAUCGAUAAUAUCGACAAGUGGACCGCCGAGAUCGAGAACAUGCGGAAGACGCGCAAGGGUUUUGCGGCUGAGAAGGAAAGCUUGGAGCAGGACCGCGACCUCAAAAUUAAGCACUUGGACGAGGACAACUCUGCAUUGCAGGAUGAGUAUUCGCAACUUGAGACCGAAUACAAAGAGAAGAAGGAACAGCUCAAGGAGCUUGAAGAUGCUAGGAGAAAGCUUCCGGGCGGAGAGGAAGACGACACUUGGCGGGAGGACGACCGAAAGAUGAAGAGGGAUUUCGAAAUGAAGCGACGGGAACUCCAGAGCCAACUCAUCAUGGAGAACCGAAAAUCUCAACAACUGGAAGGCCAUAUACACGUUCUCCACGCUCAGGUCUACGCCCAGAACCAACAGAGUCUCCAGUUCUAUAACCAAGCAAACUCUUCCGGUGUCGACUUCGACCAGAACCUCUCCGCACAGGUCAAACGCCGAAGCCGUACCGGAAAUUCCCUUUCUAACGCCGCCAUGUCAUCCCCAACAGGGCCUUUUCCUGCUUCCGACUCCUUUGAGCCUCCGAUUAGCUUCAGCAGCCGGACUGGUUUCUCGCAUUUUCUGGAAAUCUCUGGAGCCGACAAUUUCGGCGCCGAUCAGUUUUCGGAUGCAGACUUCAGAGCUCUCACCAGUAAUGCCCCGCUCAGUCCUACAGCUGCGGCUUUGUUACCGUCCGGUAUCUUGGGCGAUGACGACUCUGCAAGCCCCGAUUCAUUCUCUCGAAGAAGCCCAUUCUUGCCGGAUGACGAAUAUGACGCCCACUCGCCACAAUCGUCCAAAAGGUCCAACAGUGCUCACUCAAGUCCACUUGGGCCUUCGCACAAGAUUGCAUUCCCGCAAUUGGCGCCUGACAACGGCGACCACGCAUCGUUCAAUGACGUUACCUCUUCUCCCAGCGGACAGCCAUCGCCGGCAGCACACCGGUUCACGAAUUUGCUGUCUUCAUUCCAGAGAGGCAAGGGUGCCAAAGCUGUUGAUGACGGUGGACCGAUACUGGGUAGCCUGAAGCACGGUCAGAGCCAGUCGUUCCCUCGGCAGGCCGACGACCCAGAGGGAACCAUUCGCCGUAGAACUAGCUUCUCCUCCUUGGGUCGAAACAGGAACUCAGCGGGUCCCGAGACCAUGGAAAGCAGUGCUUCCCACCUUGGACGAAGCAUGUUCUCCUCGGCCCGUCGUUUAAUGCUAUGGAAUGGUUCUUUUGUAGACCGGGAUCCUAGCAGCCCCAGACCGACUUCCAUGACUUCAGCAGACUUGCCCCGUCCCUCAACUGACAGCGGGUCUAUAUGGAACCACCCCGGCGAGAGAAAUCGCUUAUGGUCUCCCGACGGUCCGUGGCCUUCGCGAACUCCGUCGAGACGGCCCUCUCUUCAUGGCUCUCCUGCGGCUUUGCAGACGACGCUGGCCUCUGCCGACGACGAAAUUCUGGACCACGAAGCAUUGAACGAUCCGCAGGUCUCGCCCAGCCAGGUCGGAGUCAUUGGCAGCAGACCGCCGGCUAGUAAGCAGAAUUCCGACUCAAAAUCCUUGUUGAGUCAACGUCUCAAUCCUGCAGCACCGACCUUUUCUAUUGGAGGCAUUGGUGGGUUAUUCCGCAGCAAAGACAAGGAAAGCGACUCUGGUAAAGAGAAGGACAAGACAAAGUCCAAGGACAAGGCCAGGGACAAAGCCAAAGAUAAGGAAGCUAAGGAAAAGGGCAAAACCAGAGAGCUCUCCACGCCAAGCCUGGAUCCGCCGCAAGGCUAUGAUACUUCUCCAACUGACUCGAGAAAGUCCCGCGAUGCUUUCUCCGUCCAUACCCAGACCUCUGUUACUGAGUCCCGAGAGUCCUUGACGCUUGACAGGGCCGUGUCAAGCACUUUAUCCGACUCUAACGCCAAGGAUCAAGAAAACGCUUACCGCAAGCUCUUCAGGAAAGGAAGCUCCAGCAAAUUCAGUCUGUCAUCUCGGCUAAGCAAAGACUCUGGCUUGUUUAAGAAGGGGCCAGGGAGCACCACCAACUCGGACAAGAAUUUGUCAGCCGAUCGAUCUAGUUUCGGCGACAUUGAUGAUUACGGCGAGGAAGGCUUGUUUGGUCGAAGUUACGAAAGCUUCACAAGCAGCCCGUCUCUCGGCCCAUCCAAGUCUAAGGAGACUAAGGAAAGCAGAAUGACUAACUGGAGCAACAAAUUUUCCAUGAAGAAGAAGGGCAAAGACAAUAAGGAGAGCGUCGAGCUGCACCGAGCAACUCAUGAGGCCGAAGCUGAGGGAGACAAGAACGACGCGUAG